CCCUGGGAGGUUGCGGGCGGGACGACGUCCGCAUUGGCUUCUCCUGCUUGUGCUGGGUGCUGGGAGAGGCUCGGCCCCCUCCUCCCGCCCGCGCCCUAGGAAGGACCCCUUGGGAAGGAAGGAGAAGGCAAUGGCUGCUGGGCCUCCACCAUCGGGAGCUCAGUUUCAGGAGUCAGCCACACUCAAGGAUGUGUGUGGACUUCACCUGGGAAGAGUGGAUGCCUCUAGCCUGCGCUCCGAGGAAGCUGUGUGGGAACGGGACGCCGGAGAAUUACUGGAACGCACUCUUGCUGGGGCAUCAGCUUUCCAAACCAGAUGUGACUUCUCAGCUGGCGCAAGAAGGACCGAGCCUGAUGAAAAAGAACUUCCAGGGGCAUCUCUGUAGGUUUUCUUCCGUGUUGCUGCUGGAUUAAGUCACCAUUUUGUCUUACUGUGCUGUCCAAAACCGAGACAAGACGGCGUCGCUUGAGUGCUGUGCUCAGCUCUUGCCCGGCCGUCAUCGGAUGUUGCUCCUCACGACAGUCCCACGGGACUAGGAGACAAGACUUGAAACCAAAAAGACAACUCCAAAGCCCAACAUUACCGAAGACUUAUCCUAUCUGGUAAUAAUGGAAAGGGAAGGUCUCUGGCAUUCUUCUUUAGGGGAAACCUGGGAACCGGAUAAUUGGUUAGAGGGGCAACAGAAGAACAAGGAUAGACAUCUGGGCCAAGUGGCAAUUACCCAUAAGGAAACUCUCACUGAGAGAAGGGUAUGUAGAGGUAAUGAAUUUGAAAGAUGUUCCAGUCAGGGUUCAGUCAUUGAUAUACAACAAAGUAUUCCUAUGGUAAAAAGGUCUUGUUAUCAGAAUUCACAUGGAAAAGAUAUUAAACAAAAUUCUGAAUUAAUUAAGAUUCAAAGAAUGCUUGUAGGAAAGAAAAUCUAUGAAUGUAAUGAAUGCGGGAAAACCUUCAGCCAGAGCUCAUCCCUUCUUAAGCACCAGAGGAUUCAUACUGGGGAGAAGCCCUAUAAGUGUAAUGUAUGUGGGAAACACUUCAUUGAACGCUCCUCCCUUACUGUACAUCAAAGAAUUCAUACUGGCGAGAAACCCUACAAAUGUAAUGAGUGUGGGAAAACCUUCAGUCAAAGCAUGAACCUUACUGUUCAUCAAAGAACUCAUACUGGAGAAAAACCCUAUCAGUGUAAAGAGUGUGGAAAAGCUUUCCGCAAGAAUUCAUCCCUUAUUCAACAUGAAAGGAUUCAUACUGGUGAGAAACCCUACAAAUGUAAUGAGUGUGGGAAAGCUUUUACCCAAAGUAUGAAUCUCACAGUGCAUCAAAGAACCCAUACAGGAGAAAAACCCUAUGAAUGUAAUGAAUGCGGGAAGUCUUUCAGCCAAAGUAUGCAUCUUAUUGUACAUCAGAGAAGUCAUACUGGAGAGAAACCCUAUGAGUGUAGUGAAUGUGGAAAAGCCUUUAGUAAGAGCUCAACUCUUACCCUGCAUCAACGAAAUCACACUGGAGAAAAACCCUACAAAUGUAACAAAUGUGGGAAAUCCUUUAGCCAAAGUACAUACCUUAUAGAACAUCAGAGACUUCAUUCUGGAAUAAAACCUUUUGAAUGUAAUCAGUGUGGAAAAGCUUUCAGUAAGAAUUCAUCUCUUACUCAGCAUCGGAGGAUUCAUACUGGAGAGAAGCCUUAUGAAUGUGUUGUAUGUGGAAAGCAUUUCACUGGGCGAUCAUCCCUUACUGUACAUCGGGUUAUUCAUACUGGAGAGAAACCUUACGAAUGCAAUGAAUGUGGAAAGGCCUUCAGCCAGAGUGCAUACCUUAUUGAGCAUCAAAGAAUUCACACUGGUGAGAAACCCUAUGAAUGUGAUCAGUGUGGCAAAGCCUUUAUUAAGAAUUCGUCCCUUACAGUGCAUCAAAGAACUCAUACAGGAGAGAAACCCUAUCAGUGUAAUGAAUGUGGGAAAGCCUUCAGUCGGAGUACAAACCUUACACGACAUCAGAGAACUCAUACAUGAGGAAAGUUUUCAUCAGGCCCUUUACCAUGAUUAACUUUUCAGUGAUAAUCAGAUAAGUCAUAUAAUGUAGAAACCAAAUAAAUGUAAAGAUUUUAGGAAUCUUUUGGUUGAUGUAUAUUAAACACCAUAUCAGAUGAUACAGACCACUGCAGAGAAAUCAUGAAGUGGAAAAUCUUGAUUGAUUCAGAAAGUAAAACUUUGUAUCAGGAAUUUUAAGUAGCUAAUAUUCUAAACACCAAGGAUUCAUGCUGAAGAUAAGUUUCGUUGCUAUCAUACUGCAGAUUCUCCUUUGGUUACCAGAGACUUCACACUGGAGAGAAAAUGUGAGAGUGCUUAACUGGGCAAGCCCAAAGACCUGGAAUGCACUUUGACCUUGUCACUAACUUGACAAGUCACCUACUCUCACCAGGUCACAGUGUCCUUAUUUGGUAAGUGAGGGAUUUUGAAUUUAGAAGGUCUUCAGGAUGCCUGGGAGCUCUACAAAGCAACAAACAUAUAAAUAUAAUUAAUGUGGGGACAUGCUUAAUCUUCUACCAUGUUAUAUAUGUUAUUAGAUGCCCCUGUUUUACAAUCUGGUUUUCCUGGGUGUUGUGAGUUAAAAUUCUCUAGCUCUACCAAAUCUUUUUCUCCCUCCAUGCUCCCCCUUCUCCUUGCGUUAUUUUCUUCCCUAAAAUGCAGGCUGAUUGCUAACAGAUGAGGGAAUAAUUGUACAAAUCCUAAUGCAGUAGCAUGUUGUUUUGAGUCCUCAGCAGCCAUUAAACUGUUGUUAAAUAAGCUAAUUACUUAGAAAACAAUAUAACUUCAAUAUAGCCGUUACACAGGAUCCAAAUAUAUAUCUUUGUAUCAUAUUCUCACUAUUUAAGUGGAAAGGAGAAUAGGCUAAACACUAAUAGACAUGAAACUUGGACAUAUUAAAAUUUUUGUAACUCAAAAUAUAUUCAAAACAAUCUCAUGGAGAUUUUAUAGUUCUAUAGAUAUGAUAGUAGAAGAAAUUUUAUUUAUUUCACACAUUUAAUAAGUGCUAAACGUGCUAAGAUGAUUAGAAAAAUCAAAGAAUAUAUCUUGCUUUCUAAGGUUUAAACUGAGAAAGUGGCAGUGGGAUGGGAGAGGAAAAAUUCAAGCAAAAAUGAGACAUUAUAUAGAUAAUGUGGUAACUGAUUAAAUGUGAGCACUUGAAUUUCUUAUUUGGAUGUAUAGGUGUGCCAUAAUUAAAAAUAUAAAGCUGACCAAUUUUGUUGGGGCAAUGACGAGUUCCAUCUGGGGGCAUUUGAUGCGCCUAUGGAUACCCAAGUGAGGACUCCUAACAGGCCAUAGAGUAAGUAGCAGGGCAAUGGUGUGAGGGUGCUUUGGGAGCACAGCAGUCCCCACCCUUAUUUGCAGUUUUACUUUCCACAGUUUCAGCUACCCACAGUUACCUUUGCAUCCAAAAAUAUGAAAUGGAAAAUUCCAGAAAUAAACAAUUCAUGUUUUAAAUUGUCCAUUCUGAGUAGCGUGAGGAACUCUCAUGCCAUCGCACUACAUUGUCACCUCACUCCCUGUCAUCACAAAGCCAUUGUAUCAUGUCACAUCAUCACAAGAAGGGUGAGUACAGUACGGUCAGAUACUUUGAGAGAGAGACCGCACUCACAUUACACUGUAAUUGUCCUAUUUUUUUAUUAUGUUAAUCUU